AUGUGUUUAACAAGGUAGCAUGUCCAAUAAAACCUGUCUGGUGACUCUUACCAAAUGCCUCCUUUGAAGAAAGAGGCAUGCAAUGAUACACACGCUCUUUUUCUACUCAGCAAAAAUGAUAUUAAGUAAAUUAAGACGCGUGUAUUUAUUUCUGAUACUCUUUUUUGCCCUGGCUUUGAUGUGGCUUGUCCCCUCGGCCUUCAGUUGGUUAAGGUUUUUGUCAAAGCCAGAUGUUUUUUUGGAGGCUAUCGCAUACCCUCAGAUGCUUCCUAAGGUGGAACCUACAGCGAUACAUUUCAUUCAUGUGGAGGCCGUAAACCUGAGCGCUGGGAACAAGACUUUGAGAACCUGUCCUGACACGCCACCGAACCUUGUAGGUCCUCUGUAUGUGGCGUUUAACAGUCGCUUGGUUCUGGAAGAGGUUUGGAGGGUAGUCGGGAGUCCUGCUCUACAUAUAGGUGGGCGAUACAAGCCACUUGAUUGUACCUCACAACAGAAGGUGGCGAUAAUUAUCCCUUUCCGCAAUCGACACGAGCACCUGAAUAAAUGGCUUUUUUACCUUCAUCCUAUUCUGAUCCGGCAACAACUGGACUACGGCGUGUAUGUCAUCAACCAAGCUGGAGAAGGAUUGUUCAACCGGGCCAAGCUGCUCAAUGUAGGCUUUGUGGAGGCACUGAAGGAUUACGAUUACAACUGUUUUGUAUUCUCAGAUGUGGACCUUGUACCUGUGGAUGACCGCAACUUGUACAGAUGCUUUGAUAGUCCCAGACACUUGGCUGUGGCGAUAGAUAAAUUUCAAUACAGUUUACCUUACAACACUUACUUUGGCGGUGUUUCGUCCUUGUCCAAGGAGCAGUACUUAAAAAUCAAUGGCUUUUCAAACACUUUCUGGGGCUGGGGUGGCGAGGACGAUGAUAUUUAUAACCGAAUCAUCUUCAAACGUAUGUCCAUUUCACGACCCGACAUGGUGAUAGGACAAUACAAGAUGAUCAUACAUGACAGGGACCUGCACAACGAGGCCAAUGAGGUGAAUUUGGUCAAAAUCAACCAAACCCUACAGACGAUGGAUCACGACGGUUUUAAAUCCCUUAAGUACACUGUUGCUGAUGUUGAGAAGAAAAAACUUUAUAGUUUUAUAACUGUGGACAUCGGAGCUCCUUCAUCUUUAGAUUCUACCUUUGAGAGGUCUCUUAUCAUGCAAAACUGACUUUAAGAGCAUACUUUCCCACGAUGAGAUGAAAUUAUACCAAAAUGGAUACAUGGAUGAUACAGCAGAGGAUUGAGAGAAUGUCAUGUGGUCAGAUUAAACCAAAAUAUAACUUUUUGGUAUAAACUCAACUCGUCGUGUUUGGAGGAAGAAGAAUACUGAGUUGCAUCCCAAGAACACCAUACCUACUGUGAAGCAUGGGGGUGGAAACAUCAUGCUUUGGGGCUGUUUUUCUGCCAAGGGGACAGGACGAUUGAUCCGUGUCAAGGAAAGAAUGAAUAAGGCCAUGUAUCGUGAGAUUUUGAGCCAAAACCUCCUUCCAUCAGUGAGAGCUUUGAAUGGUUGACCAAAUACUUAUUUUUCACCAUAAUUUACAAAUAAAUUCUUUAUAAUUCCCACAA